UCAUCACUCACUCUCCAAGUCUCCAGUCGCCAAAUUUCGUAGACCUAAAUUGAUUCAUCUUCAGCGGCGGCUCCGGAAAAAAGUUGUUACGAUUCCGAUGAAAAGAAGAGCAAACAUGGAACCACUCCCAACAGAUCUCAUCACCGAUAUCUUCUCCAGAUUACCGGCGAAGUCCGUCGCUAUUUUUCGUACCCUCUCAAAGUACUGGGCGUCGAAGCUUCACAGUCCAGAUUUCACCGAUUUGUUCCUAAGGAGAUCCUCAAAUCGUCCACGUCUCUUAUUCGCAGUGGAACGAAAAGGUGAGUGGCUCUUCUUCUCAUCUCCACAGCCUCAGAAUCCACCAUCGUCGUCUCCUUCAGUAGUAACCGUCGAUUAUCACACCAAGUUCUCAGGAGACGUUAGCAGAUACAUUUGUAGCUAUGCUUCAGGUUUGGUUUAUUUCCCUGAUAUGUGGACUUUAAACGUGGCAUCAUCGCCUGUGAUUUGUAACCCUAUCACUGGAAUGUAUGUGAGCUUACCUGACCUUGCGAGGUAUAGAAAGGCGCGAGGCUUUUUAGGGUUUGAUCCAAUUGAGAAGCAAUUCAAGGCAUUGUCUGAGGCUUAUGUGUUUUGUGAUCAAAGGGAUCAUCAUCAGAUUCUGACUUUAGGAACUACUGGAGAAGAACUCACUUGGAGGAGUAAUACUAUUCAAUGUCCUGCGUAUGAUCGUUCUUUGAGUGAAGGGAUAUGUAUCAAUGGGGUUUUGUAUUACUUAGCUGAUACACGUUGUGAGUCGUCUUGUAUGGUUGUUAGCUUUGAUCUUAUGUCUGAGGAAUUCAAGUUUAUUCAUGCGGAUUGCUUUUCUGAGCAACUUGAUGAAACUAAUGAGAGACCACUGGUUUUUGACACGCAGCCGACUAAUUUUAUGGAAGUGUUUUUGGCAACUGUGAGGAUGGAACACCCGACGAAUACUAUUAAACUGGUUUUGGUCAACUACAAGGGAAAAUUAGGUGCGAUUGAUUGGAAGUAUGUCGCUAACGAUGCUGAUGAACGGCGUAUCAUUGAGUUGCGCUUGUGUGUUCUAGAGGAUGUCGAGAAAAAUGAAUGGUUGAAACAUGUGUACACCUUGCCGGAGAAUGAAGUCCUUGAAUCAUGCAAUGAUUUUUCAGUUGCUGGAGUGACUAGUUCAGGUGAUAUCGUUUUGUCCAUGAAGCAUGUAUGUAAACCUUUUUAUGUGUUCUACUUCAAUCCCGAAAGGAACAGUCUACAAAGUGUUGAAAUCCAAGGUUUUGGAGCUAACCUUGAAGCGUCUGAGAAUCAUGGUACAGUGUAUGCCUUUGUCGACCAUGUAGAGGAUCUCAGUGUUUGUGAUGCAAAGCAACUCAAGUCAAGCAUCAGUAAUGUCAAGCAUCUCUGCUCCUGCUGUGCCAAAGAAACGGAAGAGGCAGCAGGGAAGCUGAAAACAGAAGAAGACAAUGAGAAGAAAGAGUGAUAAAGGGCAUUAGGAGGAGGAGGACAAGAGAGUAGAAUAAUGAGAGAAGGGAUAGUUAAUAGCAAUGGAUCAAUGUCUUUAAUGUGUUAUAUUAUGAUGUUCUUAUCUAAUCUAGAUUUGGUAAUAAUGUAACGAGUACAUUUCAGAGAAUCGUACUACCUGUGUUGACUCCUUUUGGUUAAUCAUGAUGUUUUCUUAUUUAGUUAA